AUGUACCCACCCAACCCCCACCCAACCACAUAUCCACCCAACCCCCACCCAACCACAUAUCCACCCAACACCCACCCAACCACAUAUCCACCCAACCCCCACCCAACCACAUAUCCACCCAACCCCCACCCAACCACAUAUCCACCCAACCCCCACCCAAUCCCUACCCAACCUCAUAUCCACCCAACCCCCACCCAACCACAUAUCCACCCAACCCCCACCCAAUCCCUACCCAACCUCAUAUCCACCAAACCCCCACCCAACCACAUAUCCACCCAACCCCCACCCAAUCCCUACCCAACCUCAUAUCCACCCAACACCCACCCAACCACAUAUCCACCCAACCCCCACCCAACCACAUAUCCACCCAACCCCCACCCAAUCCCUACCCAACCUCAUAUCCACCCAACCCCAAACCCAACCACAUAUUCACCCAACCCCAUAUCCACCUAA